AGUAAAUUAGGUGAUCAAAAUGCACCACCUCUUAUAGCUGGCAUUAAAACUUAUGAUGACGGAACAAUUCUUGUUCAAAUUAUACGAAAUGAAUCAACACAGUCAGGCGAUUGUUCAAAAAUUGGUAGAAUGAGUUUAGAACAGAAAUUAUAUAUUAGGCUUAUUUUUUUAAAUGGAACUGUUAAAGAGAUUGAUCCCAAUUUAAAUUUACAUCCCAUAAAUUAUUGUUUACUCGACAUCAAUAGUACUAAAUAUAAAAUUAACAAACUUGACAAUAAAGUAAUAUAUUUAAAUGAUACUAAAAGCAAUAAAUUAAGAAUUUUGCAUAAUUUAGUUAAUCCUAUUACAAUAUUUCCUUUACAAAAACCAUUCAUUCUAGUAACUUUUGUGAGGACAAAUAAUCCUUCUGAUCUUACAACAUAUGAAGAGUGCAUGAGAGUCAUCGAUUGGGAUGGAAACAUUCGAGGUAAAAAGUGUUUAGAUCCUUUUGAUGGUGCUUGGAUUAAUAGUACAAUUCAGUUAAAUGCAAACAAGAAACUUGGAUUUAUUAGAUUUGUAUGA